AUGCCCUACAGGAAUGACACCACGGGAUCGGGCGGCAGAGAGUCCGAAGUUUUCACUCCAUUUCAACUAGUCCAAAUCCAAGCACUGAUAGAGCAUUAUUUUGCCCAACACAGGCUAGGCCCACCUGGACAAGCACGAUCAAGACAAACCGUCCGUGUGGAUACAUCGUGGAAACCAGCCGACAUUGGCUAUUUCGAUCCUGGCCUGCCCGACACAAGCGACGGGUCAUAUCUGUUAAACAACAUCACCUAUUACACGAACGUCGAAGUCUUUCUAGACAGAAUUCGUGAUAUAUCUAGUCUAAAGCCUCCAGAAAUCGUCAGCACAAAGCUUCACUCCUGCCUGAAAGGCGCUGCUCUUUGUUGGUACACCCAUGAAUUGCCUCGCGAUGCCCAGAGGCUGCUAGGGCUACAGCCCCUCGAGGAAGGCUGGUUCAAGUCUCUGGCUACUCAGUUCAAACCUAGCCGGGCUGAGUCACUCCAAUUGCUGGAAACAACAAAAUAUACCCGGGAAAAAGUGCAAGCUGGGCAGACCCCCCAACAGUACGCCCAGAAGAUGUUCCGCCUGUUGAGGUCGACGGGCACAUCGAAUUUCCACGAUCAAAUUCUGAAAAUUUUAUCCAAUAUCGAACCCUCACUGGCCCGGGAUAUCGGUGGAAUCUCAGGAGACUUCUCCGCAGACUCGUUCAUGGCCAUGCUGAAUUACCAUUACCGCAGCUGGAAGCGCCAAGCAGACGAGAGACGCUAUCAAGAUGCUGGUGGGCAGUCAGUUUUGAACUGGCCAACACAGUUUAUUCAGAUCGACGUCAGAGGUAGCUAG